AUGGAGCUGACAAGGAUACACAAUCCCCUAGAACUACAGAGAGGCAGGAUAGUGGUGUGGGCGAGUGGUUUAAACGGUCUGCAACAACAAGUGACUGCUCCUUCCAUGGCACUCUCAUUGUCUUAUCCUUAUAAACGGUUUGUCUCUGGUGCAGUUGUAUACUAUUCUGAGACUGUCAAAUAUCUUGCCAUCUAUACAAUAGGUAUCUAUUUGAGGCCAACAGCGGUUUCACUGGCGUCUCUGCACCGCUGUUCUUGGAGUGUAACUUUGUUUGAGGUAUCAAGCACCCGCCUCCAUAAUGGCCAAGACCGCACGGUUCCGUGUGUGUCUUUAUGCAUAUACAGAUCUACAACAACACCAUGUAGCUACAGAGUACUUGCACACGCCGUUCCUUCAACAAUUCCCUCACAGUGUUUCUGGUGUGUCUUGUCUGUGUUACUGGUGUGUUCCUUUUCAUGGCAAUCAAGUCCAAGCAACCAUCGCCACGACUCACAUACCUGA